AUUUCCUGGAAUGAGGGUCGUUCCUAUCACGAGAUCUAGGUCUGUUUUGGUUUGUUUGCAAUCAUCCGUGCCUUAUUCUGUCUGUAAUAGGCUAGUUAAAGUAGUAACAGGUACACUUGAAAGAGUCAUGCGUACAUUUUACAGGUGCUGGAGUUUUUGCACAAAAAUAAAGGCAAGUAUACGUUUUAGUCCGUGGCAGAAAUGAAAUAAGGAAUGUAAUAGAAAACGUUUAAGUAAGCAAAAGGAAUAUUUACCACCCGUAAACGGAUUAAAGGAAGGCAAAUAGUUCAGAAGUUAUAUCUGCGGUGCAAAAGCUUAACAGUAGGAACAAAAAAGAACCGUGUUACUGCUGGUCGUCUGUCAUUGAUGAGUGGCUCUAAGGAGUAGAGAGUGAUGUGAAGGACCCGGCACUUCUGUUUUUAGUGUUUAAUAGAUUCUGUUUAUAGUACACCACAGGCCGAAACAGCUGGAUUUAGAACAGAGGAGGAAAAGAGGAAUGUAGCAGUGAGCAAUGUGUAGACGCCCUAAAUAACACGAGACAGGCGGGGAUCUUUGGAGGCAGCACACCUGCAGGGAUGGAACCGGACUCGAGCCCUCAGCCACCGCGCGCUGAAGAGAUGCAGGUGAAGGACCGCAUCUUGGAGAAUAUAUCGCAGUCUGUCAAAAAGUUGCAGAGUUACUUUGCUGCUUGUGAAGAUGAGACCCCAGCUAUUAAAAACCAUGAUAAAGUGCUACAGAGGCUGUGUGAACACCUGGAUCAUGCGUUGCUUUAUGGCUUACAGGACAUCUCAUUGGGAUACUGGGUGGUUGUCAUUCACUUUACUCGUCGAGAAGCCAUUAAACAGAUUGAAGUUCUAUCACAUCUUGCCACAAACAUGGGACGCAGUCGAGCUUGGUUGUACCUUGCCCUUAAUGAGAAUUCUUUGGAAAGUUACCUGAGACUAUUUCAGGAGAAUCAGACUCUUCUACACAAGUACUACUACAGGAAUGCUCUGGUAUGUAGCCAUGAUCAUUUGACAUUGUUCCUUACGCUGGUGUCUGGGCUGGAAUUCAUUCGAUUUAAUCUGGACCUGGAUGUACCAUACCUGGAUCUGGCUCCUUACAUGCCUGACUAUUACAAACCACAGCAUCUCUUGGAUUUCGAAGACCGUUUUCUUAACUCAGUUCAUGGUUCUGAUAGUUUGUCUCUCAACUCCUUGAACUCUGUUACAUCUACCAACCUGGAGUGGGAUGACAGUGCAAUUGCACCAUCUAGUGAAGAUUAUGAUUUUGGAGAGGCGUUUUCAGCAGUGCAGACCAUGCCCAGCAAAGACUGGGAAGAUGGUGAAUUGACGGACAUCAUUAGUUGCCCUCACUCAGCGACAUCAGAUAUGAGUAGUCACAGAACAUUUUCAAAAAGCCCAACACAGCGCUUCAAUCCAUUCAAUGAGGAGAAGGUAGAAACGGUUUCUUCAGCUGAGGUCACCCCAGUGCAUACUGCUUAUGAAGAGAAAGGGGAAGUUGCAGCAGACAGUGGAACAGACUACUCUGAACAUUCCUCAGAGCUAGAAGUGAUCAGGUUAGGUAAAAAGAAAAAAGUGUCCAAGAAGAAAAAACGAAAAUUAGAAGGGUCAGUUUGCCUGACAAGCUCUCUGACAGAACCUACAGACCAUGAACAAGAAGCAGGAGAGCCAGAGCUGCAAAAUGAUGUGGGGGAUGGGCAGAAAGAUGGGACCCAUUUAGAAAAUUUGGAGCAGAGUGCCACUGAUGGUUCUGGUGGUCAAGAGAAAAAUGCUGAUGAGAAUAAAGCACCAUUAGGAGCGGAACACAUGUCAUUGACACAUUUGGGACUCUGUAUUCCAGCUAUGAAAGAUACCUCCAUGGACAGUCUUGGGAAACCAUUGAGCGAGGUUAUAGAUAAACUUAAUGGAGCUCUAGAUCCCAAUAGCUGGAAGUCUGAGGGAGAACACCACCCUGACCAGUCCUUUCGGACCUGCGUUUCAGGGGAGGCCCCUGAUAGGCGUCCAUAUCGGGACUUUGGUGAGGGGAUUCCACCCCCCUUGGACUUCUACCGUUUUACCCCAGAGAGUCCAUGCUCUCCUACAACAAGUAGUGGCGACCAUGACCCUUCAAGGAAUGGUCAAUCGUCACAUGUUCCUAGUAGCUCUGAGGCUCCUUGCCAAACAACGGAAAGCACAGAAGAAACACAUAAACAAGUAGAAAAAACCCUAAUUGUGGAGUGGAGUAAAAGAACUGAUGUCAAACUGCUGAACUUUUCUGAUGCUUGUCCUGUCAGUAGACUUUCAGAAGCUAAACUCAGUGUGUCACUACCAAAUGCUGAGGAUUCUGGGAUAGAGGAAGAGCAGAACAGUCCUUCAGAGAUGACGCAUCCAUCAGAAUUCAGAGUGGAUAAUAACCUUCUACUGAUGUUAAUGAUCCAUGUCUUCAAAGAGAAUGAAGAGCAGCUCUACAAGAUGAUCCGUAUGAGCACGGGACACAUGGAAGGGAACCAGCUGUUACUUUAUGUGCUACUGACAGACUGCUAUAUUUACUUACUCAGGAAAGGAGAAGCUGAAAAGCCAUACUCAGUGGAGGAGACAAUAUCCUACAAUGAGCUUGACUACAUUUCAGUUGGCUUGGAUUACCAGACAGUAAUGCUUGUUUGCACAAAUCGGAGAAGGCAGUUCUUGCUCGACACUGCUGAUGCAUCCCUCACUGAAUUCUUUCUGGCUGUUUUGAAGUCUGCUAUGAUUAAAGGAUGUAGAGAGCCACCAUACCCUAGCAUUCUGACAGAUGCCACCAUGGAGAAACUUGCACUAGCUAAGUUUGUUGCACAGGAAUCAAAGUGUGAGUCCAAAGAUGUGGUUGUGCACCAUUAUGGCCUCAUUCAUUGGGAAGAUCCCAUGGACAUAACAAUAGGACCUCACAGUAGCCUCUACCAGCACAGAGAAAAUGGUUGUGCUAAGGAAGGUGUUUUAUAUUACAGAGCUGGAAUCACUUAUCUUGGCAGAGAGCAGUGGAAACCAUGCUUUGUUGUGCUAAGCAAUGGAGUCUUGUAUCAGUACGCAGACAGAACAGAUGUCAUCCCAGUGCUGUCAGUGAACAUGGGGUCGGAACAGUGUGGUGGAUGCAGGAGGUCAAAUACAACAGAACGUCCACAUGCCUUCCAGGUUAUUCUGACAGACCGGCCAUCUUUGGAGCUGAGUGCUGCAGAUGAAUUGGAAAUGGCUGACUGGAUGCAGCACCUUUGUCAGGCAGUUUCUAAGGGGGUAAUACCACAGGGAGUGGCUCCCUCACCUUGUAUCCCUUGCUGCCUUGUUGUGACAGACAAGAAGCUAUUUUCAUGUCAUGAGGACUGUCAGACCAGUUUCUUCCGUUUACUGGGUAAUGCUGACCUCGCCGAUGUUACUGCUGUGUCGAUAAAAACUGGAAAGGAGUACUGUAUACUGGAAUUUGCUCAGGAUCGGAAGCACUACUUGCCACCUUGGGUUCUGUAUUUCAGCUGCAUUUCUGAAUUGGAAAGAUUCCUUGGGGCUACCAGUGUUGCAUGGAGAAAAAUUUUUCAGGUGGACCUUCCUCGAAAACAGAUUCAAGAUGCCAGCAUCCAAAAGAAGUGUGAAGAUGCCAUGUCCUUGAUGCAGAGUGCAUGGCAGCGCAGUGACAGUUUGUGCAGGGGACGGUCAACCCGUGAUCCAUGGUGUUGAUAAUCAGGAUGCAGAAAUAACUUCCUCCUCAAGGAGAGGGUCUUGUUUGUACUGGACACCCUCUAGUCAGUGGGUAUCCAGUGUAAAUACACCUGACUGUUACAGGGAGCUGUGCAAUGCUGGAUCAUACACAAUGGUUUACAACAGUGCAAUGUAAAUGUGACUUGUCCCUGCUGCUUCGGGCAACCUGUUAACUGGUGCACAUGACUGACUUUUGUUUGGGAUUUUGGGUUUUGUACAUGGUCAUGUCAAAGAUGAAAUAUUUCAGUAUUAAACUUUCCAGGACGCUUGAAGGUUCAACUGACGUAGCUCUGUGAAAGAUGAAGAUAGCUGAUCUUACCCUUAACUGCACUAGGAGGGGUCCUUUAUCUCCAAGCACUAAUCACUAAUUUUUAUACAGAACUAUUUUCUGCAUAUAUGGAAAGCGAAUGCUAAAAUAUGAUAUUUAUAUAAGUGGAUAUCAUAAAAUUCUGAGGUUAUGUGACCAUAAUCAGUGGUACUGACUGGUGUAGGGUAUUGAAACUACAUUGUAAAUGCAAUGUAAAUGCAUAUUGCACCAAUAAAAACAAAAGUCUUGCAUAUUAA